AUGAUCUUACUUCAGUAUAAUGAAUAUAUUAACCCAUAUGCUGACGAUAGUGACAGUGAGACUGAAAAUGAACAGAGAUACUACCAUGCCCAGCCUUCGACAGUACCGACCGAACUUCUUGCAAAUGUUUUGAAAAAGCCGGAGAAUGUUCAUCUGAAUUUACAAGAUACGGAUUUCAUCAAAGAUCCGCACCUCAACUCGGUAUACAAAGGUCAAAUUGCGGAGAAACGAUUAGUGAAGUAUGAUUAUCAAGAAUCGCCAAGUCAUCAUCAAAAUAUGCCCAAUCAUGAAAGCUCAAUGAAGCGUGACGAACCCCAAUUCAAACUCAUGCCGAGAAGUUCAAACGGAGCUCAAAGUUCAUCGCCGUGGGAACUUGCGACAACAUCAACAACUAGCACAGCGGCGACAUCAAGUGGUAGCAGUUCUCCAUGGGAAAUGUCAUCUAACCCACCAGCUCGGAAUGAUUAUGACGCAGACGAUUACAGUGCGGCUUCUGCAUAUGGCGCUUAUCCCGUAUCAUACAGAAGAGGCAAUCAACGACAGCGCUCAAAUUUGCCAAAAAAAUCCUCCCUCCCCAAUGAUAAAAAAUCUUCAUAUACCAAAACUAAAAUGUCAAGUUCAUAUAACGCUGCUACUGCAGUAAGAAAGCAGUCACAAAAAGGAACAGGCGAGAAUAAAGACGUUUAUAUAUCAGAUACGUAUAAACAGCUAGAUGGCGACAAAGAAGAUAUUUGUUCCACCCCUAGUUCGGGUCGGAGCUCACAGAAAUCAACGCCAGCGCAUGAAAAGGGUUCAUCAGCGGAAAAGUCGUCACUAUUAGAUGAGGGCGAUAGUGAAGACGAUCUGGUGCUGACGGUUGAAAUCGGGGGGGAGAGAGCCCCGAAAGUUGGCAUGGGGAAAUCCCCUAAACAUGGCAUUGGGGAAGAGAGGGGUUUACUCAAUGAUUCUGAUCCAGAACCAGAUGUGAGAGAAUUAGAUUACGAAGAAGAAGAAAAAAGCAAAGUGAGAGAAUCUGUUGGGGAAAAUAUAAGAGAACCAGAUGUGAGAGAAUCAGUGGAGCAUGAAGAAAUUGACCUUUUGAAUCUCGAUGAAAACACUCAAGUUUUAAGUUCAACGGAAAACUCCCCCCUACAUCAGAUUAUGAUGCAACAAUCAAUUCUGUCAUCUGCCCUCCUCCCUGAUCUACCACCCCCUAGUGACCAACAAUAUGAUGGGGAAUUACUCCUUGUAGGUGAAGCCCCGCCCCCACCCGAUAUGUUUGGUGGUGCUCCUACCUCAAAUCUUGGUGUACAGUAUGAUGUUACAAUUCCCACCCAAUCAAUUCUUCAAAACCCUUUGUCUGAUCCCAAGGAACUAAACUCUGUGAUGUCACAAUCAUUUCCAAUGAUCUCACAAUCAACAACAGUGAUGUCACAAUCCUCAACAAUGCCAUGUACUCGUAGUUCAAAUUCACUAGACGACUUGAAAUCUUACGUACAAAAAGAAUUUAAUGAAGCUACAAGUUCAACCCCCACUUCGCCAAAAGAUGCUUUAGUGACACCUAGUGUUCAAGAUGACCUUUUCUUGUCCAGUGGAUCGAGUGUUCCUGAUGAACUCUCUGGUGCAACUAGUGGUACAGUUGACAUUCCUGCAGGAAUCCUACAAGUUGAAAGUUCAGGGAAUUCUGAAAUUCAGCUUUCAGUUCCUGAUGAGGAAUCUGAAAGUGAGGAAAUUGCUGAAAAGGAUGAACCACUGAAUGAAGAACCGGGCAGUACUGGAAAGAAUGAAAUGGAUGAGAUUAGUGAAAAGGAAGGACAAGACUCCGAUGAAAACGAGAAUCAAGUAACUUUUGAAAUGCAUGAAAAUGUGGAAUUGAUGAAUAAACCAGAAAAUUUUACUGAAAAGGAAGAAACUGGGAAUAGCGCGGAAACAUUCGAAGCCCAUGGACAGUCUCUUGAUUGUGAAGUCACAAUAACAACUGCACAACAAGAAAAUCUUCGUUCAUCGAGUGCAGAUGAGUUGCUACAUGAACCACUGGAGGUGCUAGAGUUACAGGAGGAACCACGGGGUGGGGGUGCAAGCAAUCGCCGACGAAGAAAUAGCUUCGAUCAGGCAAGAGAAUUUGGUAACGUCAUGGAUGUCUAAUCAAUUACUGUUUAAUCGUCAGGGGUCAUUAGACACGCAUCACUGAGUUUAAUUCUGCAUUCAACUUCGUUUCUCACGUCAUAUAAACACUGCCCUUCAUUCUAGAGUUGUGAUUUCCGAGGAAAUUGAUCGCAACGGAGUCGCUCGUAAAUAACGGAGACUCAUCUAAGGGGAGUUAAAAGUGAGCACAGUAGCACCAAUAGCUUCUGAAACAAUAUAGGAUUAUGAUAGUGCACUCGCUCAAAAGUAAAUAAACCUAUCUCUGAUUGAAGUAACAGGCAGCCAUGUUAGGGUUUUAGUUAACUCUUUAGAGCCUGCCUUAGCUUUCUCGUUCAUUUGCUCUUUUUUUGUUCAAUCAACUAGCUCCAGUUUUUUUCAAUUUUACGUGCGUUCCCGAAUGUUGCAGGAGUCACCCACCUUCUUAAAAUUUUCAAGUCCCCUACCCCCAGUUUUGAAUUGUGAAACCACACUCCAAUUGCUAUAAAAUGUAAUUUAUCUAGAUAGUGGCGCAUUUACCAGUGCAAAUAGUAAGUAAAAUGCAUAACACGUACUUAUAAGUUAUAUGUAGUGUUAUCGCUAAUAGCAGAAUAUUCAAAAGUCCCCAAAUUUGCAAACAAAAGCUGGGGACCAUAACUACCCUGCAUGAGAGACAGUUAUUUGCAAGAAAAUUAAUGGGAUUCUCAUCGAUAUUGGGGGGCUUACAUAAUUUCACAUUUCUGGGUCAUGCAGAUAAGCCCAGCAUUUUGACAAAGAAUAAUGCUGUGAAGCUAUAGGUGCUUGCUUUACACUAAACACUGUUUUGCACAAAAACUUUUAUAUCUGAUCAAAAUUGUGGAAACUACUUUCCAACAAGAAUUGGUAAAGUCAUUUUUCUAUUCAUUUAUUCUAUAUGUUCUGCCAUACUUUUAAUGUAGGCGCUCCAAGACUAGGAAAUUGUAAAGUAGAAUGUCCCAUGUCAGCUGGUAAUGGGACACUAGUAUGUAUGCUGUUUGUUUACAACCGGGGUUCCCAGACUUUAUUGGCAGCGGGUCAAAAUUAGAAUCGGGAUAUGUUCGAGGGCCGGAUGAGUGUAGCGCCCGAAAGUGUGCGACGGUUGCCAAGAAUGUCUGUUUACAGAGUCUAGUUUUCGUUUGUGUUUUGAUAUCUCUAAGCUUUCUUAUGUGGUUGAUAACUAAAUUACUGCCCUAUGUAAUCCUAAUACCGGUUCGUAUGAUUAAUUGGAUUGUUACAAUAAACAUAUGCUUGAACUGUGAUAAUCAUGUAACACACUAGAACGCAAACAAAAUCUGUUGAACACUAUUGCAUCUGAGCUCAGGGGGCCAUUUUAAAUCUUUAUGCAGGCCGGAUUUGGCCCGCGGGCCAUGGUUUGGGAACCCCUGGUCUACAAGUUCAAAUAUUUCCAACCCCCACCCCUCGCUCAAGAAGAGUUUUGGCCCUCACAGAUGUGUUAAAUGAAGAAAAAAUACUUAAAUAAUUAUUGAUUAAAAAACAACAACCUCGUUAAGAUAUAUUGAGAACUGACUUCAUAAUGGAAUUGAAAUUGUAGAGAGACUUUAUGGACACCCCGUACUUCCAUAUCUUAUUGGGGGGAACUUCCAGAUGUAGUCAUCUCUUUUACAACAACUCACUCAUUCGACAAUGUCAUUAUGUUAUAGCUGCUUUCUCUGUGGUGCUUGUUUAUAUCCAUUAUUUAUCUAGUUCAGUGGUGCACAACUCAAAUGAGGAUACGUGCCAAAUUUUUAAAAAUAAUCUUGUCCCGUGCCACGCACAAUUGUGGUAUUGUAAAUUAACUCCAGCAAAACAAACAAAUUUUAAUGAUAACGGAUAUCUAUUUAUUGAAACAAUUCAAUAGGAAUCUUCCCUGUUUUACAUAUCACCCACCUAAUUCAUCACAGCCUGGUCAUGAAUGUGCCCAGGUUUUGUUUCAAUUUUUGGUUUAGUUUUGUCAAUCCAAGUUGUUAUAUGAAGCCAAAUGAGUGAUCUUUCAUUCCCCCUUUCUGCAAAUUUGAAUCUGAUCGUUAGGCCCAUUUUAGCAUUAAGGGGGGUUGUUAUUUCUUUGCAAUGUAGAGAAAUUGAAACUACCUGCUAAAAGCAUAAUCAUGUUAUUUAUUAUAUUGUUUUGAUGUGUGCAAUUUGUAGAAGAGAAUGCAUGGGAACGCCAUACAACCAUAUAAUACAGAGGGAAUUUCCCCACCCCAGCAGCAAUUCUCAUAAGGCAAUUGAUUUAUUGUUUCACAUGUGCCGAUUGAUACCAGUUUGUAUCUUGACUGUUUUUUGUUUAUAUUGCAUUUCGUAUCUAACGUUGCACAGACCAAUGUCCAGUAUUACUUGAAUAAACCAAUGUACCUAAGCUGUCA